AUGUCUUUCCACAAGACUUUGAGGAUUAAGAGGUUCCUGGCCAAGAAACAAAAGCAGAAUUGGCCCAUUCCCCAAUGGAUUCGAAUGAAAACUGGUAAUGAAAUCAGGUACAACUCAAAGAGGAGACAUUGGAGAACCAAACUGGGUCUAUGA